CCCUCACGUCACCGGUCAGUCGCUUCUGCGCAGGAAAAUGGCCGCCGGCAGUGGGGAGGGCACCUUGCUCGCCGCCUGCUCCGCUGCGCCAGUCCCCUGACACCGCCCACGGUGCUGCCGCCGGGUUCCACCGCGUUGAGGCGCCGUCCUGGAGGCGGUUGUUUGUGAGACGGUAUUGCAAUAAAGAUAAUUACAACUUUCUGCGAAAAUGUCAGUUCUGAUAUCACAGAGUGUGAUAAACUAUGUGGAGGAGGAAAACAUUCCUGCUCUGAAAGCUCUCCUCGAAAAGUGCAAAGAUGUCGAUGAGAGAAAUGAGUGUGGGCAGACGCCGCUGAUGAUCGCCGCUGAGCAGGGCAACCUGGAGAUAGUGAAGGAGUUGAUCAAGAGUGGUGCCAACUGCAACCUGGAGGACCUGGAUAACUGGACAGCGCUUAUCUCAGCUUCCAAGGAAGGACAUGUGCACAUUGUCGAGGAGCUGCUCAGGUGUGGGGUGAACGUGGAGCACCGCGACAUGGGCGGGUGGACCGCGCUCAUGUGGGCCUGCUACAAAGGCCGCACCGAUGUCGUGGAGCUACUGCUGUCUCAUGGGGCUAACCCGAGCGUCACUGGUCUGCAGUACAGCGUUUACCCGAUCAUCUGGGCGGCCGGCAGAGGCCACGCGGACAUAGUGCAUCUCUUGCUGCAGAAUGGAGCCAAAGUCAACUGCUCGGACAAGUAUGGAACCACGCCUUUGGUUUGGGCUGCCCGGAAAGGCCAUCUGGAGUGUGUGAAGCAUCUAUUAGCCAUGGGAGCUGACGUGGACCAAGAAGGCGCAAACUCCAUGACUGCACUCAUUGUGGCCGUGAAGGGCGGUUACACACAGUCUGUCAAGGAGAUCCUGAAGCGGAACCCAAAUGUGAACCUGACUGACAAGGAUGGGAACACGGCCCUGAUGAUCGCCUCGAAGGAGGGCCACACGGAAAUCGUGCAGGACCUGCUGGAUGCGGGUACCUAUGUGAACAUCCCGGACCGGAGUGGCGAUACUGUGUUGAUUGGCGCCGUCAGAGGUGGGCAUGUUGAAAUCGUUCGUGCACUUCUCCAAAAGUAUGCUGAUAUUGACAUCCGAGGACAGGACAAUAAGACUGCUUUGUACUGGGCUGUGGAAAAGGGGAAUGCGACCAUGGUGAGAGACAUCCUACAGUGCAACCCUGACACUGAGAUCUGCACAAAGGAUGGUGAAACCCCGCUGAUAAAGGCCACCAAGAUGAGGAACAUCGAAGUAGUGGAGCUGCUGCUGGACAAAGGGGCGAAGGUGUCUGCCGUGGAUAAGAAAGGAGACACUCCCCUGCACAUCGCGAUCCGAGGGCGGAGCCGGAAGCUGGCAGAACUUCUUCUGAGGAACCCCAAGGAUGGCCGGCUGCUCUACAGGCCUAACAAGGCCGGAGAGACCCCAUACAACAUUGACUGCAGCCAUCAGAAGAGCAUCCUGACGCAGAUAUUUGGAGCCCGACACUUGUCCCCUACGGAAACAGACGGCGACAUGCUUGGCUAUGACCUGUACAGCAGUGCACUGGCUGACAUCCUCAGCGAGCCGACCAUGCAGCCGCCCAUCUGUGUGGGGCUGUAUGCGCAGUGGGGGAGCGGGAAAUCCUUCUUGCUCAAGAAGCUGGAAGAUGAGAUGAAGACCUUCGCAGGCCAGCAGAUCGAGCCUCUGUUUCAGUUCUCCUGGCUGAUUGUGUUCCUGACGCUGCUGCUGUGUGGAGCAGUGGGAUUGGUGUUCACCUUCACUCUGGACCUGAGCCUGGGCGUGGCGGUAGCCCUGAGCUGCCUGGCUCUUGUGUACAUAUUUCUAGUUGUCAUUUACUUUGGUGGACGGCGGGAAGGAGAGAGCUGGAACUGGGCAUGGGUCCUCAGCACCAGACUGGCGAGACACAUUGGCUACUUGGAGCUCCUGUUCAAGCUGAUGUUUGUGAACCCCCCAGAAUUGCCAGAGCAGACCACCAAAGCUCUGCCCGUGAGGUUUUUAUUUACAGAUUACAACAGACUGUCCAGCGUUGGCGGGGAGACGUCGCUGGCAGAGAUGAUCGCGACCCUCUCAGACGCCUGCGAGAGAGAAUUUGGCUUUUUGGCAACCAGGCUGUUCCGUGUUUUCAAGACUGAGGAGAGCCAGGGUAAAAAGAAGUGGAAGAAGACAUGUUGCCUGCCAUCUUUCAUCAUCUUCCUCUUCCUCUUGGGCUGCAUUGUGGCUGGGAUCACCCUUCUGGCUGUCUUCAGGGUGGACUCACGACAUCUGACAGUGAACGCAGUGCUCAUAUCCAUGGCCUCGGUGGUGGGGCUGGCCUUCGUGCUGAACUGUCGCACGUGGUGGCAGGUGUUGGACUCGCUGCUGAACUCCCAGAGAAAACGGCUCCAUCACGCUGCCUCCAGAUUGCACAAGCUGAAAAGUGAAGGAUUCAUGAAAGUGCUGAAGUGGGAAGUGGAGCUGAUGGCCAAGAUGGCGAAGACCAUCGACAGCUUCACGCAGAAUCAGACGAGGCUGGUGGUCAUCAUUGACGGCUUGGAUGCCUGCGAACAGGACAAAGUGCUGCAGAUGCUGGACACGGUGCGCGUCCUGUUUUCCAAGGGCCCAUUCAUCGCCAUCUUUGCCAGUGACCCACAUAUCAUCAUCAAAGCCAUCAACCAGAACCUCAGCAGUGUGCUUCGAGACUCCAACAUCAAUGGCCACGACUACAUGCGCAACAUUGUGCACCUGCCUGUCUUCCUCAACAGCCGCGGGCUUGGUGGUGCGCGCAGGUUCCUGGUGACCUCUGCGACCAAUGGGGACAUUGCCUGCUCAGAUGCGCCAGGGCUGCAAGAAGACGCGGAUAGGAGAGUCUCGCAGAACAGCCUGGGGGAGCUAACCAAGCUGGGGAGCAGGACGGCCCUCAACCGGCGGGACACUUACCGGAGAAGGCAGAUGCAGAGAACCAUCACCCGGCAGAUGUCCUUUGACCUCACGAAGCUGUUGGUCACCGAGGACUGGUUCAGUGACAUCAGCCCGCAGACCAUGAGGCGGCUGCUCAACAUUGUCUCCGUGACAGGGAGGUUACUGAGAGCCAAUCAGAUUACUUUCAAUUGGGACCGGCUAGCAAGCUGGAUCAACCUCACUGAGCAGUGGCCAUACCGGACCUCCUGGCUCAUCCUGUACCUGGAGGAGACCGAAGGUGUUCCCGACCAGAUGACCUUGAAAACCAUCUACGAGAGAAUAUCAAAAAAUAUUCCAACAACCAAAGAUGUGGAGCCCCUGCUUGAGAUUGAUGGAGACAUAAGAAACUUUGAAGUGUUUCUGUCUUCGAGGACCCCAGUUCUUGUGGCCCGGGAUGUGAAAACCUUUCUGCCAUGCACAGUAAACCUGGACCCCAAGCUCCGGGAGAUUAUUGCAGACGUGCGUGCCGCCAGGGAGCAGAUCAACAUAGGAGCCCUCGCCUACCCACAGCUGCCCCUGCACGAAGCCACACCUCGGGGGCCAUCGGGCUACAGCCAGCCCCCCUCCGUCUGCUCAUCUUCCACAUCUUUCAACGGGCCCUUCGCCGGCGGGGUGGUGUCCCCUCAGCCCCACAGCAGCUACUACAGUGGCAUGACGGGUCCCCAGCACCCCUUCUACAACAGGCCAUUCUUUGCCCCCUACCUUUACACGCCAAGGUAUUACCCUGGCGGCUCCCAACAUCUCAUCUCACGUCCAUCUGUAAAAACAAGCUUGCCUCUCAGAGAGCAGAGCAGUGGCCUAGAGGUUAUCCAGGAGGAUGCUGCCGAGGGGCCUCCCUCCCCCACGGAUGCCUCGAGGCUGUGUGAGCCUGGGUCUAACAGACAGAGACAGCAGGGCUCAGGCCCGGCCACCGGACCAGUGCUGUCCCUGAGCGCCAUGAACGUGGACGCUGUGUGUGAGAAGCUGAAGCAGGUUGAGGGGCUGGACCAGAGCCUGCUGCCGCAGUACUGUGCCACCAUCAGAAAGGCAAACAUAAAUGGUCGGGUGCUGGCCCAGUGUAACAUUGAGGAGCUGAAGAAGGAGAUGAAUAUGAACUUUGGAGACUGGCACCUAUUCAAAAGCAUGAUACUAGAAAUGAGAAAUGCAGAGAAUCAGGUGGUCCCUGAAGACCCCCGCUUCCUCACCGAGAACGCAAGCUCUGCAGCUGCCCACGGGGAGUCUGCCCGCCGGUCCUCACGUGCAGAGCUGCCACACACUGAGCUCUCUGGCCAAGCACCCUACACGCUCAACUUCAGCUUUGAGGAGCUCAACACGCUGGGCCUGGAUGAGGGGGCCCCAAGGCACAGUAACCUGAGCUGGCAGUCACAGACUCGCCGGACCCCAAGCCUGUCGAGUCUCAACUCCCAGGACUCCAGCAUCGAGAUCUCCAAACUCACGGACAAGGUGCAGGCCGAGUACCGUGAUGCCUAUCGGGAGUACAUUGCGCAGAUGUCGCAGCUAGAAGGGGGUGCAGGGCCCGCUGGGGCCAGUGGCCGCUCCUCCCCGCACAGUGCCUACUACUCGGGGCAGAGCCCGUCAGGGGGCAUGGCCCACCCCAACCUGGAGCCGGAUCGAGGCAAGGAGAGCGAGCCCAAGCCAGACGAGGCCCGGAAGUCGCUCCUGAUGAAGAGGGCGGAUGUGCUGGACUACUCGUCAUCAGGCGUGUCCACAAGUGAUGCAUCACCCCUGGACCCCAUCACCGAGGAGGACGAGAAGUCUGAGCAGGCAGGCAGCAAGCUGCUGCCGGGCCGGAAGAGCUCUGAGAGGCCCAGCCUCUUCCAGACUGAGCUGAAGCUGAAGGGCGGUGGACUGCGCUAUCAGAAGCUGCCCAGUGACGAGGACGAAUCGGGGCCUGAGGAGUCAGACCAUACGCCACUGCUGCGUGAAGACAAGGACAAGAAGGCUGAGGGCAAGGCCGAGCGGGCAGCCCGAUCUCCGGAACACGGCGCUGAGCCCAUCCGCACCUUCAUCAAGGCCAAGGAAUACCUGUCGGAUGCACUCCUGGACAAGAAAGACUCGUCGGACUCGGGCGUGCGCUCCAGCGAGAGCUCACCCAAUCACUCCCUGCACAGUGAGGCAGUGGACAGUGCACGGCUGGAGCGGGCCAACCUCAUCGAGCUGGAGGACGACGGGCGCGGCAUGCGGCGUGGGCUGCCCCACAGCCUGAGCAGCCUACAGGAGCCCGUGCUGGCACGCAUGUCUAUCUGCUCAGAGGACAAAAAGAGCCCCUCUGAGUGCAGCCUCCUGGCCAGCAGCCCCGAGGAGGGCUGGCCCACCUGCCCCAGAGCCUACAACCUCAAUCGCACACCCAGCACCGUCACGCUCAACAACAACUCUGCACCCGCCAACAGAGCUGGCCAGGUGUUCGAUGACCCGGAUGGGAUGCGGGAGAGCUCCCAGGGCCUGCUGAGGCCCGGGCCUGGCCCCAACCCUACCACUCCUGCACUGCAGAAUGAGAAUCUCAAGAGCCUGCCGCACAAGCGCGGCCAGCGCCCCAGCUAUGCCCGGCUCCCCCAGGAGCCUGGAGAGCUGCACACAGGGGCUCCGGCCGACAGCACAGGCUUUGGAGAAGAGAGAGAGAGCAUCCUGUGAGGCUGCACCAGGCUCCUUCGAGACAGCUCUGCAGGGAAAGUCGGCUCAAAAGUGCUGAAACGGCCUCGUCUGCAAAGUGCCAGGGUCCCUUUUGCAGCGCAUGUGCUCGUCAGAUGUUGAGUCCUGGCAUCAUGAAGCGGCAGCCGGCUUUCCCCCUGGGGCUGUCGUGAGAGGAACGUGCAGGGUCCAGAGUUGUGCUUAGUAGGUUAGGAACCUGAGUUCAUUCUCGUAGUAGCAGUGCUCGUCAGAGAGGUGUUAAAUUUGAAGUAGAAAAUAUGUAAUGACCAAGGCUUUAGAAAUUGGUAAGAAAAUUCUGGCAUGGUAGCACACACCGGUAGUCCCAGCACUUUGGGAGGCGAAGCAGGAGGACAGAGUUCAAGCCCAGCCUUGGCUACUCAGCAACUCAGCCAGAUUCUGUCUCACAAAGGGCUCCAUGUGGAGGCCCUGGGGUUCAGUCCUGGUAUCCCCAAGUCCCUGGGCUGUCAUGCUGUCAGGAGUGCAGAGGAGAGGGUGCGAUCGGUCCAAGUAUUCCUCCACUGCAGCACUGCCCUAAGUGCUCACGGCUCACGUCCAUUGCGUGCCAACCCUCUGAGAGCUGAGUGGUGAAGGUUCCUGGAGCUGGCCAGGGAGUCGAAGGGCAAGCGCCGAUGCCAGUGGUGUUCCUGGCACCCAGUGAGUUACAUAGACAUCAUCUACAUCAGGAGAGAGCUCGCUUCUUUCAUCUGUUCCUAAAGCAGCCCUGAAGCCCUGGAGGAAUACUGGGGAAAAGGAAAAGCACUUAAGAAUAACAUGCAAGCAUGAAAACACAGAGGAGAAGGAAGCUCAUCCUGAGUGACCGUGAGAUUCGAUGCUGACAUUCCCGCUGAGGCCGGACCCGGGCGGGACCCCCUGGCAACACGGUGACGCUUCUCUCCAAGUGACUUGUGGGGCAAGGUUGACUGGCUGUGCAUGCAGGUGUGGGUUGCAUAGUAGAUGGUGAUGUCACACAUAUGGGGUGACCUAGCUGUAGUAUUACUUGUGUGAUGUUUGUCUCCUGCUGGGUUCUUAGCAAUGCACAGAGGUGCCUCGAUUCACAAAUGCUUUUGUUUGCAAACAGUUUUUGGUUUGUUUACAAAGAAAAGCAUUUGGCAAAAUUUGGUUUUUGCUUGCGAAGUGUGCAUCAGGUCACAAACAUGUGAACUUAGUUGGAAUGUGGCCAUCAUCUCUGAAAAUUGUAGAGCAAGUGAAGUUUGCAAACCGAGGCCCCUGUACUGAGGAAGCCACCUGCUGGGCCGGCCACUUGCAUGCCGCCACGCGGUGGAGUGCAUUGUGGGUGUCCGUGAAGAGUGUCCUGCAUGCUCUGUAGCACAUACAUUAGGCUCCCAGGAGGGCAGGUGCUGCUGCAGGCACAGCCUGGGCAGUUGAGUGUUCUUGUCCAUGGUGCUGUCCGGUUGGCGUGAUUACCGAUGAUUCCUCAUGCUUUCCCACUGAGGCUCCCCACUGCUGGCAGCUCCACUCUGUGCAGCUGGCAACGUUAGUGCUGGAGGCCAAGCACACACAUAGAUUCAGAAGACAAUAAAAAUAUGCAUGCCAUGCAGACCCCUGCGUCUUUAUUCACGGCCUUGAUGACGACUGUCAUGUUUAUUAAAAAUAAAGUCCUUUGUGUACUCA